UUCGCACCAUCCGCUCCCCUCCUUCUUUGGACCAUCGCUGCAUCGUCGCCUCCUUGAUACCAGUCCGCGACAACGCCAUCGCCUCAGCGAGUAGCCCUCGGUCCUCCUCUGCCAGUCUUGCAUCCCGCAUCCACCUCAAACGGCUUCGUUACAGGCCAGUCCUAAAGGCAGCGUGCAUAUACACGCACCACCAAGAUGAGCGGCAAGAUGAUGAUCUAUAAGCUCGUCGUCCUCGGCGACGGCGGUGUCGGCAAGACGGCCUUGACAAUCCAGCUCUGUCUCAACCACUUUGUAGAGACAUACGAUCCGACAAUCGAAGAUUCGUAUCGCAAGCAGACGGUCAUCGAUGAUCAACCAUGCAUGCUCGAAGUACUGGAUACGGCGGGCCAGGAAGAGUACACAGCGCUGCGAGACCAAUGGAUCAGGGAAGGCGAAGGAUUCUUGUUGGUCUACUCGAUUGCAUCGAGGGCCACAUUUGAGAGGGUCGAGAGGUUCCGAUCGCAGAUUUCGAGGGUCAAGGAUCAGGAACCUCACACGGUACCGAUCAUGCUCGUGGGCAACAAGAUGGACAAGGUCAAUGAGAGGGAGGUCGGUACAACUGAAGGUCAAGCCCUGGCACGUCGUCUAGGGGUAGGCUUCGUCGAAACAUCAGCAAAGACGUGCGUAAACGUAGAGAAGGCCUACUACACCGUCGUUCGCCAGAUCAGAGAGCAGAGAGGAGAGACGACAAAGGGCAAGGGAGCGAAAAGUCAAGGAGGAGGGCAGAAGAAGAAGAGCAAGUGCACAAUCCUCUGAGCAUCCAUGCCGGAAUGCGAGGAGCCAAGGCGAGGCGAGGCAGAUGGGCACGGGUGCGGGACCGCGCAGCAGUAAUCUAGAAGGGCGCUUGUCGACGCGGCGAGCAAGACAGAGCGAUGAGAGGAUGCCAUGCCAUCGAGGGCGGGAUGGCACAGGAGACACUGCC